UUGUCAGUAAAGUCACCCACCCUCUGAGUAUCUCAGACUGAGUUAGAAGUGUUUGAGACACAUAACGAGUCGGCGAGUCACGGUGAUAACCGGUUUAACCAGACCGGUCAGAAAGAUAGCCUACCUGAAGCGACGUGAGAAAGUCCAAGAGAGAAUGGAGGAGGAGAUGCUCCCGGCAGACGAAGGUCUUUCUGCGCCCAAAAUCUGCAGACAGCAGCAGCAGCGGAGCCCGUACAGCUCUCUCAAGACCUUUCCGAGCAAGCGCGCGGCGGGCAGGGCGAGAUAUGACAGACCCACAAUGGUGGACAUCCCGCAGCUAGGAGAGCAUCACCUCAGUCAACAUCACCAGCAGUAUUCACCUCGCAUGCCGCUUCAACAACCCUCCAUUUCUAUCAGUAGCAGUCACCAGUCGCAACACCGUCUCCCCUGCGAGAUCAGGCCCGGCAGCAGAGUCGCGACAUCCAGCGCAGUAUCAUCAGCGGGGAGCGCCGCGACGGCAGCAGCAUCAGCAUCAUUUGGCAGCCAGAGGAGGGUCGCCGGCCAGGACACCAGCAGAUACCCGGCGGGUCGCCAUCAGUCUCCGGACUGCACCUAUGGAAUAAGCUCAGAAAACCGCCUCAUACUGGACGCUUUCGCUCAGCAGUGCAGUCGAGUUCUCAGUCUUCUUAACAGCAACGGACGGCUCCUAGAGCCCCAGCCUUCCCUUGUCCCUCCAUCCUCUUCCAUCUCCGCUCUCAUCAAACAAGAGGAUAGCUGCCUGUCUUCAGGAGAAAGACUCAGUGUCAAGCCCAGGUCUGUGGAGAACGCAGGUGAGGAGACGCAACGUGGGAACCACUGGAGCCAACAGCAGACGUCAGCUUUCCUACGAAUUUUCACAGAGUCGCUUCAGAACUACCUGCUGUCUGGACCUCAGUCGUCGGACGGCGAGCGGUGCCGUCCGGUAGAUGCUGAACCAGCAGCGUCAGGGUCCCCGCGACAGAAUUUAAGUGGCUGGGCAUCACCUUCUCCAUCAGAGUCAUACGGACACCCUUCAUCCACACUGCCUGAGGAAGAUGAGGAGGAGGAAGGUUGUUGUCCUCGAUGUAUAGAGCUGGAGCAGGAAGUUCUUAGUCUACAGCAGGAGAAUGAAGAACUGAGACACAAACUGGACAGCAUACCAGCUCCUUGCCAGAAUGUUCUUGACUUCUUUAAGACUGUUCUUCAGCACUACAACCACUAUGUUCAGCCCCAACCUGAAGAGCAGCUCACUGAGGGCAGUAAGCAGCUUCUGGGGAACUACCCUCUCUUCAUCACCAAUAAGCAGUGGGACGAGGCAGUCAACUCCUCAAAGAAAGAUGGCCGACGGCUCCUGCGUUACCUAAUCCGGUUUGUGUUCACAACAGAUGAGCUGAAAUACUCAUGUGGUUUAGGGAAGAGGAAACGUUCAGUGCACACCGGGGAAACCGGACCAGAGAGACGACCCCUGAAUCCCGUCAAGGUCACCUGUCUUAGAGAGUUCAUCCGGAUGCACUGCGCUUCUAAUCCCGACUGGUGGAUGCCAUCCGAGGAGCAGAUAAACAAAGUCUUCAGCGAUGCGGUGGGGCACGCGCGGCAAGGCCGGGCUGUUGGCACUUUCCUGGGAAACGGGGGCAGUGGGAGCAGCAGCAGUGGCAGUUUUUACAUGGACAGCUAUGACGGGCAGCUGUCUCAAGAUGAGCUCUAUCUGAAAGGCUCGCAGAACGAACUGGGGGACUGAAAAAGCAUCAUCGGUCUUCAGCUUUCAGUUCCCUCUAUGGUUCACAAUGCAUAGAGUGAAAGGACAGCACUUAUGUGAUGGUUAAGGUCUUUUUUUAAUGUGUGGCUGAAUAUAAUUCUUAUUCCUUCCUGUGAUUUCCUGAUUCAGCAGUAAACAUCCCAGGGAGUUCACACCUACCCAAUCAUUUUAAAUCACGUGUGGGACUCUUCCAUGAUGUUUUGUUUGACUGUGUGUUAAGCAGUGGACAAUGGCUUCAUUCGACAAAAAUCAGGUUUAUUGUGUGCUCCAUUUAAUAUCUGUUUUCUGAGUUGUUUCAAUGAAUGUGAUUCAUUAUAGCAACAUGAAUGUAUUCCGUUAUUUUACUUCAUUGUAAAUAAGGAGAGCUUCCAUCAGACUUUAUGUUCAUAGAAAUGAGGUGCUAUUAUAACGUUCAGUUAUUUUCUAAUAUAUAUUACAUUUAAAGUGCCACCCAUUAUUUGAUCAUAUGAUGGUGAAUUAUCUGUGAUGUUUAUUAAAAAAACUGUGACGUUGCAAGAAACAGUAUCAUAGUGGCUGCAGGAUAAAACACUGGAUUAUCAACUUGUCGGCAUUUGUGACUGUGGAGAUGAAUCUGUAAUGUAUUGUUUGUUGGGUGGCUUCCUAAUGUUUACUCUGACUAUACAGAAAAGGAAGCUGUGUUGUUUGUAACCUGUGUUGAUUCAAGUUUGUCAAGAAUUAAGCCUAAACACUUUAUUCUAUUCUGUGGGGCCGUAAAAUAUGCCCAAUUGGUUCAAUUUUGUUUACUGCAUAAAUGAAAUGCCUUAAAAAGAGAACCACUAUGAAUUACAUAAACUGCCAAUUCAGAUGUUGAUAAUCUCUUGGUAUUCCUGCUACAUCAAUGGCCUCAUGCUGUUUGUUGGUUUGAAAACUGACGGUCUUUCUUUUUUUAAAUGCCUUAGAGAGGUUAAGAUAUGCUAUAGCAGAAUGUCUCUGUCUGUUCAAACUGUUCUGGUCAAUGUAGAAUGUCUGUGGAAAUCAGUCAAAAGCAACAAUACAUUUCGAUGAAAUUUUUUCUCCAGUUUGCUGGUGGUGGGGAAACCCCGGCAUUUAAAAUCGAGUCAUCUCAAAACCCCCUAAUGAUGUGGGAGUUUCAUAUCUAAAGCACCAUGCAUCUGCAACUAAUAAUACCAACUUUGCCCCCACUGUGGAAAAAUGAAGUUUUCAUUCUUGGAUUCAGGUUUAAAGGCCAGGGUUUCCCAGUUAUUAGAAUGUAGAUGGAAGUAGUAUUAAGUCUUUAAAUUAAUUUCUUCCCAUGUUGCAGUUGCCUUUGACUACCAGACAAAAGUCUCUGUUGUAACCUGUUGUGAUUGUACAAAUAGUGAUUGGAAGUUGUCUUCUAAUCUAUACAAAGGACAUGUCAACACUGUGAAUCCCGUCAAAUGUAUUAAGACUGUUUUUGCCACUUGCCAACAAACUUCUGUUUGCCCUUUAUGUAAUGUGGACACAAAUGGCAAAAGACAAUGAAGCGUUUCAACAAU